CAAAAUAGAAAGCAUCGUUGGGUACAAUAAAUAGCAUAGCAAAACCGUCGUCAGUGUCACCAGCCACCUUCGCCGCCAUCCACUGCCGAGAAAUUGUAGCCACUACUACCAUCGCCAUGAUAGGUGGGUGACAUGAACACUAUCCAUCGUCACAAACACUGAAUCAUCGCGAACCCUCUUCAGAAUUGCGAAAUCCGGCGCGACUGCUUUCUCAUCCUCCUGGUGUCUAGCUCCACUGAUUGUGAACUUCUGGAGACGAAUCCUCUUGCCGCAAAACUCCAGUCACCUUUCAUAUCAAUCCUAACUCACUGGGACUCUAAAAGGAAGACGCUGCUGUUGCGAAGCUACAGUUAUCGUAAAACCCUAGCCGCGGUGAAAUCUGUAAAGUUUGAGAAUUUUUAGGGUUUCUGUCGAGGAUUCUGCUAUCGCUUGCGAAAUCCUUACCAGUGAAGCAUCUUCCAGUGCUUAUUUUCUCUUCCGGUGUCGAUUUUUAUCCAACUCCAAGGCAAGUACAUCUGGUGUUGUACAUCCAUACAUACAUAAUCAUCAUCUUCCCCCAAACAAUAUUCUAUUCCUUUAGAAAAGCUAACAGUAAAAUAGUUUUAAGUUGUUAUGGAGAUCGACCCUCCACAUGAAAGCGAUGGAAGCACCACCGGAUCAAAGGAAAAUGAGAUGGCUGUGGUGUUCGAUAGCUCAGGUAUUGGUUUGCCAUAUGCCCCUGAAGAUUUCCCUCAACCUGGUGACAAAUGGGGUUGGAAAGUGGGAAAAAGAGUCGGUGUUUCAGGGCACUUCAUAGACAGAUAUCUUUAUCUCCCUGAUCGUCUUCACAAAGAAAACAAGUUAGUAGGUUUCUCUGGUGUCACUUGUGGCAAGGGUUUCGCUAGCAAAGCUUCACUUGAAAGGUAUUUAAUGGAAACAUUUCCAGGAAUGGAUAUCAAUGCUUUCUUUUCUUCCUUCACUUGGAAGAUCCAAGCUGCAAACAUCAAAGGAAACAAAGAAAUCAUAAUGGAAACUCCAAUCAGCUAUCAACAAUUCGAUCCAGCAGGGUGCAAAGCAGGAAACACAAACUGCUCAAGUCUAAGACUACUUGAAACAAACAACCCAAUAUACCCUUACACAAUGCCAUGUGACAUCUGUUGUGUAGAGCCUUAUUUCUGCCAUGAUUGUUGCUGUAUACUUUGUUCUAGACCUGUGAAUUCCUCCAUUAGUGACUACAGUUUCAUAAAAUGUGAAGCCAUGGUGAACCAGAGCCAUGACUUCAUUUGUGGUCACAUUUGCCACAUAGAAUGUGGUCUGCGGUCCUACAUGGCUGGGACCGUGGGUGGGACCAUCGGUCUGGAUGCUGAGUAUUCAUGCAGGCGGUGUGAUGCCAGGACUGACCUGGUCCCACAUGUUGAGAAGCUUCUUAGGAGCUGUGAGAGUAUUUGUGAUUGUGAUAAAGUUCAGAAGAUAUUAAAUCUUUGUAUUAUUAUUUUGAGGGGGUCCACCAAAGCUAGUGCUAUGAAGCUGUUCAAUCAUGUUCAAUCUGCUGUUGCAAAGCUUAAAGAAGGGAAUAGUCAUGAAGAUAUAUGGAAACGAGAAGACAUGUCAGCUGUUACCACAGGAGAUCUUUCUCAAUAUGAAACCGAUACAUUUGAAGUUUCAAAUUUUGCUCCUUCACAACGACAAAUUUCCUUCACAAAUUUUGAUUACCGAAUAGAAUCCAUGGAGCUCGAGAAAAAGAUCAAUAAAACACUCGCCUCACUAAAAAAGUCUCAAGAAACCGAGUAUAAAAUUGCCGAAAACGCCCUCACGGCUCAAAAAAACCAUCUUUUAGAUCUUUACAAAGAGCUUGAGAAACAGAAGGGCAAACUUGCCAAUUGUUCCCCAUCAGCCGACCCGUCUUUAGUCCAUGCUGUUUUCAAGAAAAUGGAUGAGAUAAAAACCGAGUUUAAUAAGAUUAUUGCAAUGCAAGUGAUUGGUAAAGGGUUUGGGAAAACAUCUAAAUAUGUAUUGAAAGAGCAUUUUGGGAUGCAUUCUGAUAACUAAGAAGAUUUAAUUUUGUGAUUGGGUGUGUAGAUUGAUGUAAGGUUGAUUUUUGAACCAAAUAACUUAAGAGAGAUUGUGUAUGUGAAGUUAAAUGUUGUAGUGAGUUAUGGAUGUAUGCUUGUAAAGGUAAUAUUAAAAUAUGGAUAAUGAUUUAGAGACACCCAAAUUGAUGGUUCUUAGGCUUGUUUC